CCACUAAAGUGCACUGAAGCUCUAGCCGGAGCUAGACGCUUUCAAUACCGAGCGAGGUGUCCUCUGCCACGAGCUGUCCGAUAUCGUAGACAACAGAACCCACCCAGCACAUGCUGCUCACUCACUCACUGAUCACUUCAACACCAUUCACGUCACCGAAGAGCCCACUCCCGUCGGGGACACUACCUUGUCUGCAAUUAAUGUUCCCCUCAGUGUCAAUCAUAUUUUUGCCUUGUUCGGAUAUUAGUUGCCGAAGCCGCUGUUGCGCUGCGUCCGACAACAAAUAUGCGUCAGCGAAUCACCUUCAUCCACAAGCCCAGCGACGGAGUGCCGCCAGAGUCUCUCGAUAUCAGCAACGCCGGUGUCGAGGGUCCCGAAGUCUUGUCAGUCCGGGAGGACAGACUCACUCUGGCGCUGGAGGAGCUGCCAUCCGAGCUGUCCCAGCUUCUGGGUGAGAGCCACGAACUGCACAUCAGAUGGGUCAGUCCCCUGGCCUACGACACCAUCGGACCCUUGACAUCGAGGGUGUCGCCGGGGUUUCACCUCUUUUAUACGCCGAAGAGGGAAGGGGAAUGGGAUGGGGUGAGAUUAUGUGAGGCGCUCAGGAACACUUUUGGUGGCAGCGGCUGCUUGUCGUCCGAGUCGUUUACAAGCCUUCCCAAUGACCGUUUCUCUCACUCUGCCGCGCUCCAAUACUACCAGCCUCUAGAGGACCUCACCACGUUCACACAGUACGCAGCGGAGCGGCUCUGCCCGGCAUCAGACACGGCCUGCAAAUCCCGCGCCGAUGAGCUUAAGACGGCGGCGUCCCUCGACAUCUCUUACGACACAAUCUCGCACGCCCUCAAAGUCACGGCCCAAUGGCCCUACGACAAAUACCGCGUCUCCGUCGCCUCAAUGCCCAACCAUCGCACCGAAGUUGGUAUCCUCACCACCGACUUCUCCUCGAAGCCCGAACCCCACGAGAUCGGAAUGGCGGGCGGCCUCACCGUCCUCGGCGAGCAUAAGAAGCCAUCCCCCGUCCACUUCAACGUGCCCGCCCGCCACCGCCUACACGGGGACGCCCCUUCCCGCCCGAGCUCCUUCUCCGCAAAGUUUCUCGAACCGACGGGCCUGCAUCCGACGCUGCAGCUCGCCCUCACCUCGGCCAAGCCGCCCGUCGACGACGCUUACUGCGCCGUCCAUGCGCAUCUGACCCUCCCCAAGGCCGUCUUCGCCGACCGCUACCAGCUCGCUGACGACCUGUUCCUGAAAUCCAAGAACCUCACGGCGCUGCGCUACUCCACCUCUCCGGUCGACCUCGAGGCGCCCGCCUACGCCACGAAGCCGUGGGGCUCGGGCGUCCUACUCGAACUCAAACCGCCUGCGGCCGACAAAGAUGGGGAAUGGACCGCCGAGGUGCCACUACACUUGCGCUACCUCGAGCCGGCGGCCGGGGGGUACACGGACGUCGAGGUGCCCUACCCGGCCGUGUUCUGGGCCUGCUCGUCCGAGGAGGGCACCAAGUUUCCGAGCAGCCCCUUUGAGAGAGUGAACCUGGGCUACGACGCGUUGUUCGGGCCACGGACAGUGUUCUGGCACGUCGACCCGCGGCCAAUCGAGGGCGGCGGCGGCGGUCGGCUGAUGAGCACUGUGCGGGCGCCGGUCCUCGAGGCCGGGCAGGCUGAUUGGGUUCGGGUCGGGACCGCGGCGGCGGUCGUGGUGGGAUUCACGUGGGUUCUGUGGAGGCUCAUCGCCACCUACUCUAAGUCGGGGUACGGCAAGAGUGGAGGAACCGACGAGAAGAAGAAGCAGUAAUGGUUUGUAUGUCACUUGCUUUUGUUGCUGAAGCUACUUGGCAUACUAUUCGUUGUUGUUCGUCUUGAAAUAGGUACCUGUCUAUCCAUAUCUAGGUAUUCAAAUUAAAGGACGUCUG